GGUGUAAAUUCUAGUCUCAUGUCGUUUGCCCCUCCCUGACUCUAUUUUCCCCUCUGACAGGAAACACCUCCCUUUGCCCAAACUGCUUUUCUAUGGUCUGGUCCCAGUGAGAGAGCCGCUGUGUAUGUGUGAGUACAGAGGGCUGCUGCUUCUGCUGCUUCUCCCAAUGUCAGGCACAGACAAGUGUGAGUAGAGAGAGAAAGAGCGUAUGUUUGGAGCUAAAGCACCUCUCAGCGUUUUGUGCUCCCGCUUCAUCUGACAGUGUGUGAGGUCACUGCGCCUCUGGAUACGGGACUCAUCUUUCCUCCACCAGGACAAUCUAGAUAGAAAUGAUGGUUCGUUAGAAAAGAGGUCAAGGUGAAAUCAAUUUGAGAAGAAAGCAAAAGAAAGGAAAAUCAGUCUGCCAGAUAAAGCCAACAUGAACCCCAUACGGAAGGACAUGGAGCUUCUGAGUAACAGCAUGGCAACUUACGCCCAUAUAACAGAGAACAUGGAGAGCUUCGCGCUGUACUUCAUGUUGGGUGUGUGUUCAGGUCUUCUGCUGGCCCUUGUCCUCCUCAUACUGGGCAUCGCCUGCCGACCGCGUUCAAAAACAAAAACAAAAGCACCCUCCUCACCAGACAAGCGACGACUGAAAGAGUCCAGCGAGGAGGAGGAGGAAGACAAGGAAGAAGACCAAAGUGAGGAAGGAGAUGACGAGGACCUAGAAGUCCCAGAGGUCACUGUGAGUCCCUUGAGCGAUCUGACCCAAUUAAAUGGAACCAUUAAGAGUGUGAACGUGUUUGCUUCAGUGGAGGAGCUGGAGAGAGCCAGGAGACUGGAGGAGAGAGAACGGAUCGUCAGGGAGAUCUGGAGGAAUGGACAGCCAGAUAUACUCGUCACCGGCACAGGAACACUCGGACGUGUUCACUAUCACUAGUAGUGUUUAUGUGCUGGACGCAGUUGCUUCAUGCAGAUAUGGAAUGCCACAGGACAUUUAUCUGUGCAACAGAUUUGGGUGUAACGUACCUUUAAAAUGGGACGGAUCGAGUACACUCUUAAAAAUAAGGCUUCCAAAGAGAGGUUUUUACAGCGAUGCCAUCGAAGAACCAUUUUGUAUUUCCCAAAGAACCUUUUAGAGAUUCAUUUUUUCUUAGUGCGAAGAACAUUAAGUUUCUAAGGAUGUUAAAAGUUCUUCACUGAACCACUGAUGCCAAUAAAGAAAUGUUAUUUUUAAGAGUAGGUCUACAUUUAAUCCCCAUAAUUCUGUUUUGAAGUUGUUUUCACAAGCCCUUGCUAAAUGAUCAAGUUUUGACGGAUCCAUUUUUUUCUUUUGCAUUUUUUAUAUAUAAUUACAUUUUAGCACUUAAUGUUUGUGUAUAUAUAUUGUAUGUAUUUUAAAAUUAAAAUAAAACCAAAGAUUUUUACCUAAUUCUGACACACAUGCAUUAUAAAUGAGAAAGUAGCAUUCGUGUCAUGAAGACAUCCCAAAAGCCAGGUCACACUUAUAACGAUAACUACAGUAGUAUAUUUGCAUCCAAACCAAAUGCACGGUAAAGCCUUACUGGAAGUCAGUGUACAAUCAGAGUGAUAACCACGUUAAAAAUAAAUAAGUCGUGUGGAUUCUGAUCUGAUUGGCUAUCCAUGUUUUUUAUUGUUUAUCAGCAGGGGAACAAAAAAUAUUUCUUAAAGUGAUUCCAAAGUAUCGCCCUUGUGACAUUGUUAUAGUUCUGUUGUAAACUUUCAUAUAAUAGGCCUAUGUAUUUUUAUAACUUUCUUUAUCUUUAUUAUCAAGUUAAUCCACCUAGAACAGUAGGCGCCCAACAAAAUAAAUAAUUUAGUCAAAUUUGCAGCUAAAAUACACAUUCUUCAGAUAAUAAUGAGGCACAGAAAACAUAACUUUUAAACCCUCUAUAAUGUUUUAACACUUUACUUUUAAAAUUGACCAUUUACUUGAACUUAUUUAUUUUGGCUUCCAAUUCUAUACUUGGCAUCAUAAAAUGGAGGUUCUUUGCAAAUGUGAAAUUGAACAGAAAAAAAAAAUUAAGAAUAUCAAGUGCACUUUACUCACUGUUUUCCAUCUGUCACUGUAAAUCAAGUGUCCAAUCCUGCUUCUGGAGGGCCUCCUUCCUGCGGAGUGUUUAGCUCUAAUCUUAAUCACGCACACAUCUGAACCUGCUAAUCAUGGUCUUCAGGAUUACUAGAAAUUUACAGGUUUGUGUUUCAGCAGGUUGGAGCUCAGCUUUGCAGGAGCAAGAUUGGACACACUGAAACUUAAAAUGUGUAAAAACACAAAAGAGUCCUGCAGUGCAGUAUAACAAAUAUAUAUACAGGUGCAUCUCAAUAAAUUAGAAUGUUGUGAAAAGGUUCAUUUUUUCUUGUAAGUAUUUCAAAAAGUGAAACUUUCAUAUAUUUUAGAUUCAUUGCAUGUAAAGUAAAACAUUUCAAAAGUUUUUUUUGUUUUAAUUUUGAUGAUUAGAGCUUACAGCUCAUGAAAGUCAAAAAUCAGUAUCUCAAAAUAUUAGAAUAUUUACAUUUGAGUUUCAAUUAAUGACCAUCCAUACAGUAUAAAUUCCGGGUAUCUCUUGUUCUUUGAAACCACAAUAAUGGGAAAGACUGCUGACUUGGCAAUGAUCCAGAAGACGAACAUUGACGCCCUCCACAAAGAGGGUAAGUCACAGAGGGUCAUUACUGAAAGGUGUGGCUGUUUACAGAGUGCUGUAUCAAAGCAUAUUAAAUGCAAAGUUGACUGGAAGGAAGAAUUUGGGUAGGAAAUGUGCACAAGCAACAGGGAUGACUGCAAGCUUGAGAAUACUGUCAAGCAAAGCUGAUUCAAACACUUGUGAGAGCUUCACAAGGAGAGAACUGAAGCUGGAGUCAGUGCAUCAAGAGUCACCACGCUCAGACGUCUUCAGGAAAAGGGCUACCAAGCCACUUCUGAACCAAAGACAACAUCAGAAGCGUCUUACCUUGGCUAAGGAGAAAAAGAACUGGACUGUUGCUCAGUGGUCCAAAGUCCUCUUUUCAGAUGAAAGUAAAUUUUGCAUUUAAUUUGGAAAUCAAGGUCCCAGAGUCUGGAGGAAGAGUGGAGAGGCACAGAAUCCAUGUUGCUUGAAGUCCAGUGUGAAGUUUCCACAGUCAGUGAUGAUUUGGGCUGCCAUGUCAUCUGCUGGUGUUGGUCCACUGUGUUUUCUGAUGUCCACAGUCAAUGCAGCCAUCUACCAGGAAAUUUUAGAGCACUUCAUGCUUUAAAGAGCACUUUAUGGAGAUGCUGAUUUCAUUUUCCAGCAGGACUUGGCACCUGCCCACACUGCCAAAGGUACCAAAAGCUGGUUCAAUGACCAUAGUGUUACUGUGCUUGAUUGGCCAGCAAACUCGCCUGACCUGAACCCCAUAGAGAAUCUAUGGGGUAUUGUCAAGAGGAAGAUGAGACACCAGACCUAACAAUGCAGAUGAGCUGAAGGCCGCUAUCAAAGAAACCUGGGCUUCUAUACCACCUCAGCAGUGCCACAAACUGAUCACCUCCAUGCCACCGAAUUGAGGCAGUAAUUAAAGCAAAAGGAGCCCCUACCAAGUAUUGAGUACAUAUACAGUAAAUGAACAUACUUUCCAGAAGGCCAACAAUUCACUAAAAAUGUUUUUUUUAUGAAGUAUUUUUUCUUAUGAAGUAUUCUAAUUUGUUGAGAUAGUGAAUUGGUGGGUUUUUGUUAAAUGUGAGCCUAAAUCAUCACAAUUAAAAGAACCAAAGACUUAAACUACUUCAGUCUGUGUGCGCAUUGAAUUUAUUUAAUACACGAGUUUCACAAUUUGAGUUGAAUUACUGAAAUAAAUGAACUUUUCCAUGACAUUCUAAUUUAUUGAGAUGCACCGGUAUAUAUAAAAACUGUGAAUUUAAUCAUGAAACAGCUCAUAUCACAUUGCGUAACUAGUACUACCUCUUCAUAAAAUCUCUAAAAGGCUCCAGCUGUUGAGAGCAGCUGUUCCCACCAUUGUAUCUUGCAAGGCCAAUGCAACUCGAAACAAAAACAAGAUGACGUUUACCAAACAGAGGACGGGUUUUAUUUCAAAUUUACCAUGGAGACUGAAAGCACAGAGUUAACAGAUUGUAAAUGUUAACAGAAUGUCGAGUCACAGCAUUACAGUACUGUCAUCACAAAGCAGGAUUUCUAAGUUGAAAAAGCAGUCGAGUCCCCCAGUUAUAUUCUUACAGCACAAGUGAACAGUGCAGCGUACAGAGAUCAAUGGAAGAACCACAUGAUCUAAACAUGCAGCAUGAACUAUUUUACAAUUUGUUUGAUAGUUUAACACAAUGCAAUAAAUGCAUCCUUAUAAGCUUCGUCUUGCAUGUUCUAUUAUCUACACUUUAAAAUCUGAUGAAUGAUAAUCUAAAACUUGACAAUGUUUUGUUGCUCAAAAUAGAAAAAAAAAAAAAUUACACUUCACAAAGUAGACCAUUUUUUUUAGUCAUUAGUGGCAUAAUUUAAGGGAAGAAAGUUAACUAAAUUGGAUUUUAAAUAUAGCUGAGAACCAAUUGAUAGGAAGAAUAAAUCUGUACAUUUUUAACAGACAAUUUUCUGGAGAAAAUCGGCCCAGUACACAGUGUAUUGGUCCACAAGGGAUAUGCGCCAAUGAGACUGAACCAUACACCAAAAGGGAAGAAAUAUAAAAAUUGCAGCAUGUAUGAAUGAGUUUACAUGCAAUUCCAAACAGAAAAGAAGAAAUCUACUGGGAAAAAAAAAAAAAAAAAAAAACAAAA